CAACAUUGCAUUUAUUAAAAAUACAUUUUGAUUUGGUUUUUUUUUUAAGUUUAUUAUAAUUUAUUUUUAUAAUUUAAAAAAGUAAGAUAUGACUAAAGCUGGUCGUCGAGAGCUACAAGCGAUAUUGAAUAAACAAAUAAGAAAACGUCAUCAUAGAUCACAAAAGUCAAAUAUCACGAAGGAAAUGUUGAAGGUUACUAUGUGGAGCUUGUUAAAUUUUUUCCUAUUCUUUAUUCGUUCUGUGGUUGACAAAAUUGUGAACUUUGCACUAGAAUGGUAUUGGGGAGAAAAGAAAUCUUGUCCACCAUUAAGAAAAAACUUUUUCAUCACUAAAAGUGCAGUUGAAAUUGCUGAAUUAAUAAGACAAAAAGACAUCUCAUCAUAUCAUGUAGUCAAUGCUUACAUUAAUAGAAUAAUAGAAACAAAUCCUUUACUGAAUGCUGUUCUUGAUGGACCAUUUAUAGAAGCUCUUGAUGAAGCACAAGCAAUUGAUGAAAGAAUUUCAAAAGAAAGUAUAUCAGAAGAAGAAUUUUUAAAAAAACCAUUUUUAGGAGUUCCUUUUACUACAAAAGACUCAACGGCUGUUUCUGGAAAAUUACAUACAUUAGGGAUAGCUGCGAGGAAGAAUUAUAGAGCUAAAGAAGAUGCCGAAUGCGUAAGAUUGAUGAAAGAAGCUGGAGCUAUUAUCAUUGCAACAUCAAGUAUUCCCGAAAUUAAUAGAUGGCAAGAAACAAGGAAUAACUUGAUUGGACAAACAAACAAUCCUUACGAUAUUAGAAGAACUGUAGGUGGAAGUUCUGGAGGAGAAGGUGCAUUAAUUUCUUCAUGUGGAUCAUGUUUUGGUUUAGGUACCGAUAUAGGCGGAUCAAUUCGAAUGCCAGCAUAUUAUUGUGGAAUUUUCGGUCAUAAACCAACAACUGGUAUGGUCAAUACUAGAGGAUGUACACUCCGAACGGGGACGGAAAAAAAUUCAAUGGUUGUAGCUGGAAUGAUGACUCGAUAUGCUAUGGAUUUAAAACCAAUAUUUGAAGUUCUCGUUGGUCCAAAAAAUUCGAAUAUUUUGAAACUAAACGAAAAUGCAGAUGUAAAAAAAUUGCGAUACUUUUAUUGUUUGGAUAGCGGUGAUAUGCGGUGCAGUGGAUUGUGUCCAAAUACGAGAGAUACAAUCAACAAAGUUGUCUCUCACUUUCAUAAUUUAACAGGAACAGAUGUUCAACAAGUAAAAUUAAAGGGCGUUGAAUACACUUCAAAGCUUUGGAGAUAUUGGAUGACUCAAGAACCUGCAGAAUUUUGUUAUCUUCUGGGCAAUUCCAAAAAACUUAAUCCUUUAGUCGAGCUUAUUAAGAAACUUACUGGUCAGAGUGAAUACACAAUGGCAUCAAUUUUUUCUUUAAUUGAUGGAAUUUUACCAAAAGAAAAAGCUGAAAAAAUGAAAGCCAUAACAGAGGAAUUAAGUCAAGAAAUUGAAGAGCUAUUGGGAGAUGAUGGUGUUUUAAUAUAUCCAAGUUAUACAUAUCCUGCUCCAUUUCACUAUGCACCUUUAGUUCAGAUUUAUAACUUUGGAUACUGGGCUAUCAUGAACGUACUUCAUUUGCCAGCGACACAAAUACCAAUGGGAUUGAAUUCGGAAGGUCUUCCCAUGGGUAUUCAAAUUGUAACUACGAAAAACCGGGACAGACAUUGCUUUGCAGUUGCAGAAGAAUUAGAUAGACAAUUUGGAGGAUGGAAAGCCCCAUUUAACAUUCUCGGUGAUAUUAAUUGAAUUUUGAUGAAAAUUUUCUUGGAGUCGGUUUUUAGAAACUAUUUAUAUUUUCAUAACAAUUAUCUGGUGCUAAGUUUUAGUAUUUUUAUAUGGAAUCAGUUUAUUUUUUAUCUACAAUGUACUUAAAUAAAUAUGGA